GGCGCGGAGCCGCUGCCUUCCCGACGCCGGGCUGCUCCCGGGGUUCCGUCCCUCGGGCUGCUGCUUUCGGGGACUCGUUUCCCGGAGGCUCCGUUCUAGGGGCCCCCGGCUCUCGGCCGCCCUUUGCCGGGGCUCCCUUCCUAGAAGGGCCGCUUCCUGGGAGCUCCCUCCCCCGGCGGGCUCCCUUUUCACGGGGCUGCGUCCUGCCCUGCGUGGCGCGUUCGGGCUUCCCUUCCCGGGGGCGCCUCCUUCUAGCGGCGCCCUUUUCCAGGCUGCUCUUUUCCGGGCUCCCUUUCUAGGGGCUGGUCCUGGGGGUUCCAUUCCCCGCUCCCUUCUCCGAGCCCAGGCCGUCCUCCCCAAACCGCGGCCGCCUGGAGUUCCUCAGGGAGUGUCGCUCCCAGGCCCCGCCCGAGGGCCGCGGCCCCCCACUCCAGCACCCCUGUUGUGGCUGCCCUCACCCUGCGCCCUCUGCAGCCUGGCCGUGGGCGCCCUGGAGGCGGCCAGGAGCUACCGUCCCGGACGUGCUGUCGGAAGGCGGGGCACUCAGAUCCCCAGAUCCGGGCCAGGUCGGUUUGCAGAGCCCCAGCAGGCUUACUUAGCUUGGGUGUGUCCGGAUCCGGGAAAAGUAACUGCGAGCAACGAGGAAGAUUCUCACUGGGAGCCAUCGAUCUGGGGUUUGGCUCACCUUCCUGCAGGUCUGCCCAGAGCAAGGAAGAGGAGCCGCUCGAGUCUGGAUGGCAGGGCACGGGCAGAUGCUUACAGCACCCUAGAUGUCCGGCUGGACGUGCAUCUGUGCUGAGCGGGUGCCCCGUAGCAGGGCCUCAAGGGCCGCGCCGUCCUCGCAGGGAUCAUGACGGCGCUGGGACGGAGCCGCUGGGUGUUGCUUCCACUGCUGCUCUGGGCCGCAGACGCCGCGGAGCACGAGGCGGUGGCGAAGCAGGUCAUCCAGCUGCACCGAGGGCGGGGGGCCACCGCCGCCCAGAGGAGGCAGUGGGUGCUGGACCACUGCAGGAAGCUCUCGGGGCUGCUGCGCCAGAAGAGCGUGGUUCUGAACAAGCUGAAGGGUGCCAUCAGAGCGGUGGAGAGAGACGCUAGCCUGUCGGAUGAAGAGAAGCUGUUCCAGGUGCACACGUUUGAAAUUUUCCAGAAGGAGCUGAAUGAGAGUGAGAAUUCCGUCUUCCAGGCCAUCCACGGCCUGCAGAGGGCCCUGCAGGGGGACUACAGGGACGUGGUGAACAUGAAGGAGAGCAGCCGGCAGCGGCUGACAGCCUUGAGAGAGGCCGCCAUAAAGGAAGAGACUGAGUAUGUGGAGCUCUUGGCAGCAGAAAAGCAUCAAGCUGAAGCUCUGAAAAAUAUGCAGCAUCAAAAUAAAAGCUGGUCCAUGCUCGACGAGAUCCUCGAGGAUGUAAGAAAGGCUGCCGACCGGCUGGAGGAGGAGAUAGAAGAGCGAGCUUUUGACGACAACAAGUCGGACAUUGUCGCCAUUGGGAUGCUGUCCUUGCCCUGUGGCUGGCUGUGCACGGCUGUGGGACUGCCGGCCAUGUUCGGCCACGUCAUCUGCGGUGUGCUUCUGGGACCUUCAGGGCUGAACAGCAUUAAGUCUAUUGUGCAAGUGGAGACAUUAGGAGAAUUUGGGGUGUUCUUCACUCUUUUUCUUGUUGGCCUAGAGUUUUCCCCAGAGAAGCUGAGGAAGGUGUGGAAGGUGGCCCUGCAGGGGCCGUGCUACAUGACGCUGCUGCUGGUGGCCGUGGGCCUGCUGUGGGGACACCUGCUGCGCGUCGGGCCGGCCCAGACCGUCUUCGUCUCCACGUGCCUGUCCCUGUCCAGCACCCCCUUGGUGUCCAGGUUCCUCGCGGGCAGCGCUCGCAGUGACAAGGAAGGGGACGCCGACUACAGCUCUGUGCUGCUGGGGAUGCUGGUGACACAGGAUGUGCAGCUGGGGCUGUUCAUCGCCGCCAUGCCCACCCUCCUCCAGGCGGGAGCCGGCUCGUCGCCCAGUGUCAUCUCGGAGGCGCUGCGUGUCCUGCUCCUGCUCGGGCAGAGCCUGCUCUCGCUGGCUGCCGUGCUGCUCUGGUGCCUGGCCGUGAAGACCUACCUCGCAGGGCCAUACUGCCGGAAGCUGCACGUGGAGAGGAAGCGGAGCAGAGAGGCCGUCGUCUCGGGAGCGUCCGCGCUCACCUUCCUGAUGCUCACGGUCACAGAGCUGCUGGGCGUCUCCAUGGAGCUGGGCUGCUUCCUGGCCGGGGCCCUCGUCUCUUCCCAAGGCCACGUGGUCACCGAGGAGGUCGCCGCCUGCAUCGAGCCUGUCCGUGACUUCCUGGCUGUCAUCUUCUUCGCGUCCAUAGGGCUGCACGUGUUCCCCACCUUCGUCAUCUACGAGCUCGGUGUGCUGGUGGUGCUCACCCUGUCCGUGGUGGUCACGAAGUUUGCCCUGGCAGUGCUGGUUCUGUCCCUCAUCCUGCCGAAAAGCAGCCAGCACAUCAAGUGGAUCGUGUCUGCAGGGCUGGCCCAGGUCAGUGAGUUCUCCUUCGUCCUGGGAAGCCGAGCGCGAAGAGCAGGCAUCAUCUCUCGGGAGGAGCCGGUAGUUGUCCUGGGGGCUCUGUAUGGGCCAGGAGGACAUGGAGGGCAGUGGAGGACCUGGCUGAGGGAGGGACACACCAACUCCCUGCGAGCCCUCCCGGGCCGUGGGGUGUAUCUGCUCACCCUCAGCGUGACCACGCUCAGCCUGCUGCUGGCCCCAGUGCUGUGGAGAGCGGCGACGCUGCGGUGCGUGCCAAGGCCAGAGAGACGGUCCAGCCUCUGACAGCCGGGACGUGACGCCUCGGCCCCCCGUAGCUGCUGUUCCCUAAGGGCUCCCACCUGGGCCGGCGACAGCGCUCCAGCAGGGAAGUGGCCUCGGCCCCCGGACGUCCCGAGCGCUUCCUGUGCAGGGCUGGGCUGGCUGGGCUGGCAGUGCUCUCCGGACCACCUGGUGGUCUGUCUGGACGUGCCUUUUCUUCUGAACCUCUCACUGACUUCCGGUCCUAACUCACCAACGCGUGGCAUUCUGGUCAAGAUGAAGAAUUACACGCUUUUCUAUUUAUUGUUCAGCUUUGGGAGUAUUAUCUGUUGAUGGAAUCAUUUGUUAUUAAACAUUUCUGUGGUCUGGGGUUUUAGUUUUGGCAGUGCGCUUAGAAGCUACUUUGGAUCCUGAAAACCCAUGUGUUCUACAACCAGAGGAGCAUCUCACCCAGCCUGGCCGCGUGGCAUGGCUGUCUUGCGUGAGUCGCGUGCACCCAGCUUGACUGUGUGGCGUGGCUGUCUUACAUGAGCCGCGUGCACCCCACCUGGCCAUGUGGCAUGGCUGUCUUACAUGAGCCGUGUGCACCUGGCGUGACUGCGUGGUGUGGCUACCUUACGUGAGCCGUGUGCACCCCACCUGGCCGUGUGGCGUGGCUGUCUUACGUGAGCCGCGUGCACCCAGCCUGGCCACGUGGCAUGGCGGUCUUACGUGAGUCGCGUGCACUCCCUUAGGUAUGUCACUCCUGCAGCUUCUGGUUCCAGUUCCAAGAACAUACAGUUGUUAAUAAAGAUUGUUUAUAAUCAGGGUGUAAUUAAUUAAACUGCACUAAAAAUGA